AUGGCAUAUGAAAAUGCUUCCCAGGGAAACUCCCCUGCCACACCAACUUCAGAAACAAGUACAGGUUCGCUGCCGCGACAGGACCGCGCGAAAGUCGACUUUCCCCCUUUACAUGAUGAAGCAGGAACGAGAGCAUUCGCAGCUCUGGAUGCCGAUUCUGAAGCCAACUAUCAACCGAAGACGGUCAAGUUCAAUCUAGUUAUGCUAGGCCUGUACCUCGCAGUCUUCCUCGUAGCCUUGGACCGUACGAUUAUUUCCGUGGCAAUACCUGAGAUCACUGAUACAUUCGACUCCGUGGACGAUAUUGGUUGGUACGGCAGUGCCUACAUGAUGACGGGGGCUGCCUUUAGCCUGAUGUUUGGCAAAAUUUAUAAACAUUAUCCCAUCAAGACAGCGUUUCUAGGAUCAGUGGUUAUCUUCGAAGUAGGAUCAGCUAUCUGUGGUGCCGCUCCUACAUCUGCUGCACUGAUCAUUGGGCGCGCCAUCGCUGGGCUUGGAUCGUCGGGUAUCUUUACCGGUGGAAUGAUGGUGAUCGUUCCGCUGAUCCCACUUCGCAAGCGCCCGAUCUUCUACGGCUUGUUCGGCGCAGUAUUUGGCAUCGCCUCUGUGCUCGGUCCACUGCUCGGUGGAGUGCUCACCACCAUCACCUGGAGGUGGUGUUUUUACAUCAACCUCCCGAUUGGGGCAGUCACGGUCCUAGCAAUCGUAUUCUUCCUUCAGGUCGAACGACAGUCUAGAGAGAGACUCACUGUUUUUCAGCACAUCAUUCGACUUGACCCCGUCGGGACAGUCAUCUUCGUACCCAGUAUCGUAUGCUUGGUGCUAGGACUCCAAUGGGGUGGUUCACGCUAUCCUUGGUCAAACCCGAAGAUUAUUGGGCUUCUAGUGACCAGCGGAGUCCUCUUUGUGGCAUUUUGGGUACUCCAAGUCUUUCAACCUCGCACCGCCACCAUUCCCAUGCGCAUCGCUACACAACGAUCGGUCCUCGGUGGUGUCAUGUUUUUGUUUUUACUGAACGGUAGUCUCUUUACGAUCGUAUAUUUUCUACCCAUCUGGUUUGAGGCCGUCAGAUUUGACACCCCUACGCACGCCGGGGUGAGCUUGUUGCCACUAGUCAUCAGUCUAGUGGUAAUGAGUAUCAUUGCGGGUGGCUUUACUCAACGUGUGGGCUACUACAUGCCACCCAUCCUCUUCUCUCCAGUGUUGACCACAGUGGGAGCCGCACUGCUGACAGAGUUGAGGACUACCACUAGCAGCUCUAGUUGGAUAGGCUAUCAGGCUUUGUAUGGUUUUGGCACAGGCAUGGCCAUGCAAACGACCAACAUGGCGGCCCAAACUGUACUAGACAGGAGCGACAUUAGCACAGGCAUGGCACUCAAUUUCUUCGGACAGAACCUUGGUGGCGCCAUUUUCGUCCCCGUUGCACAAGCUAUAUUUGAGAGUGUGCUACAGAAGAAGCUCUCCGCAAUUCCAGGGAUGAAUGGCACAAACAUAGAUGCAACGGGUGUUCUUGAACUGAAAGACGUUGUUCCGCAAAUCUACAUCCCGCAGGUUCAGUCAGCGUUCAACAAGAGUGUGACUCAAUGCAUCUUUGUAUCCGUUGCGUUAAGCGCUGCGACACUACUACCUGCCUUGAUCAUGGAAUGGAGAAAUAUUAAAGAAGAAGCCGAUAAGAAAUCAGCAAAAGAUAUCGAGGUUACAAGGUUAAAUGAGCAGGUCAUGAGAUCUGCAGUUCACGAUCGAAACGCCGAUGUGACAUCAGAGAAGAAGGGAAAUGCACAAAGAGGUUCGAAGCUUAAAGCCGAGUAUUGGACGGAGCCAGUCGCUGAGAAAGAAGCCGAAAAUCAGGACGAAAAAUAA